UCUUAGAAGGAUGCUAGUUUCUGAGUCGCAUCAAGGGUCUGGAGAAUCCAACUCUUUCUGGUUUGGUGGAAGGAAGUCCAAAUUCUUCCCUGAAGUACAUAUCCUCCUGCUACUCUCUCUUUGAACCUCCAUUACUGCUUCCUACCCACACUUAGAUCAAGGCCUGGAUCCUAGACCACCCGGAAUGCUUUUGUGUUGUCUCUUUGCGGGGUUGCUAAUUGAUUUAAGUUCUCUGAAUCUCAGUUUCAUAAUCUGUAUGAAGAAAGGAAAAGUAUUACCUGAUAAAGUAGUUUCUGGGACUUGUCCACUUGAGCGAUCUGGAAAAUGUUGCCCAACCCAAGUUCAAAGGCUGAUGAGAGAGUACAACUCUUGAAGAGGUUUGACUCGAGGGAGAGUUGUUCAGUGGAUGGGAGCUUGGCGCACAGAGAAAGAUGUUGGGCUCUUUCUGGCUCUUUCUCAGCCUUGUUGCUGUGACUGCUGCUCAAACCAACAUUGAGGAAGAGGCCAAGAAAUUUUUGGAUGAUUUUAACAGGCAAGCUGAGAAUGUGUCUUACGAAAGUGCCCUGGCUUCUUGGAAUUAUAACAUCAAUAUUACUGAAGAGAAUAUCCAAAAGAUGAAUGACGCUGGGGCCAAAUGGUCUGAAUUUUAUGAAGAACAGUCCAAGACUGCCAGAAAUUAUCCACUGCAGGACAUUCAGAAUCCCACUGUGAGGCGUCAGUUGCAGAUCCUUCAGCAGAAUGGGUCAUCAGUGCUCUCAGCAGACAAAAUCAAACGACUGAAUGACAUUCUAAACAGAAUGAGCACCAUUUACAGCACUGGAAAAGUUUGUAAGCCAGAUAACCCACAGGAUUGCCUAUUACUUGAACCAGGUUUGGAUAGGAUCAUGGAAAACAGCACUGACUACAACCUGAGGCUCUGGGCUUGGGAAGGGUGGAGAGCUGUGGUUGGCAAGCAGCUGAGACCAUUGUAUGAAGAGUAUGUGGAGCUGAAGAAUGAGAUGGCAAAAGCGAACAAUUAUGAAGACUAUGGGGAUUAUUGGAGAGGAGACUAUGAAGCAGAGGGAGAUGCUGGCUACAACUAUAGUCGUGAGCAGUUGAUUGAAGACGUGGAACGUACCUUUGCAGAGAUUAAGCCAUUAUAUGAACAUCUUCAUGCCUAUGUGAGGAGAAAAUUGAUGGACACCUAUCCUUCCCAUAUCAGUCCAACUGGAGGCCUCCCUGCUCAUUUGCUUGGUGAUAUGUGGGGUAGAUUUUGGACAAAUCUAUACCGCUUGACAGUCCCCUAUGGACAGAAACCAAACAUAGAUGUCACUGAAGAAAUGGUGAACCAGAAAUGGAAUGCAGACAGGAUAUUCAAGGAGGCUGAGAAGUUUUUUGUAUCUGUUGGCCUCCCUAGCAUGACUGAAGGAUUCUGGAAUAAUUCUAUGCUCACCGAACCACAAGAUGGGCGCAAAGUGGUUUGCCACCCCACAGCUUGGGACCUGGGGAACGGUGACUUCAGGAUCAAGAUGUGCACAAAAGUGACAAUGGAUGACUUCCUGACAGCCCAUCACGAGAUGGGGCAUAUCCAGUAUGACAUGGCGUAUGCCCAGCAGCCCUACCUGCUAAGAAGUGGAGCUAAUGAAGGCUUCCAUGAGGCUGUUGGGGAAAUUAUGUCACUUUCUGCAGCGACACCAAAACAUUUGAAAUCCAUUGGUCUUCUGCCAAAAGAUUUUUCUGAUGACAACGAAACAGACAUAAACUUUCUACUCAAGCAAGCACUUACAAUUGUUGGAACUCUACCAUUUACUUACAUGUUGGAAAAGUGGAGGUGGAUGGUCUUUAAAGGUGAAAUUCCCAAAGAUCAGUGGAUGAAAAAGUGGUGGGAGAUGAAACGAGAGAUCGUUGGAGUGGUAGAGCCUGUGCCUCAUGAUGAAACAUACUGUGACCCAGCGACUCUGUUCCAUGUUGCUAAUGAUUAUUCAUUCAUCCGAUACUAUACAAGGACCAUUUAUCAAUUCCAGUUUCAAGAAGCCCUUUGCCGAGAAGCUAAACAUGAAGGUCCCUUGUACAAAUGUGACAUCUCAAAUUCCCAAGAAGCUGGAGAGAAACUGCUCCAAAUGCUGAAACUGGGAAAAUCAGAGCCCUGGACAUUAGCUCUGGAACGUGUGGUAGGAGAAAAGAGUAUGAAUGUAACACCACUGCUCAACUACUUUGAACCCUUGUUCACCUGGUUGCAGCUGCAGAACGCUGAUUCUGUUGUGGGGUGGAACGAAGGCGGGAGCUCCAGUUCUGACCAAGCCAUCAAAGUGAGGAUAAGCCUGAAAUCCGCUCUUGGAGAUAAAGCAUAUGAAUGGAAUGAGAAUGAAAUGUAUCUAUUCAAGUCAUCGGUCGCAUAUGCCAUGAGAGAGUAUUUUUCAAAAGUUAAAAAUCAGACGGUUCUUUUUGGGGAUAAUAAUGUGCAUGUGAGUAAUCUGACAGAAAGAGUCUCCUUCAACUUCUAUGUCACGUCACCAGAGACAUUUGCUGUCAUUCCUAGAAUGGAAGUGGAAGAAGCCAUCAGGAUGUCACGGGGCCGGAUCAAUGAUGUUUUCCGCCUGGAUGACAAUAGCCUGGAAUUUGUGGGCAUUUAUCCAACACUGGCACCCCCUUAUGAGCCGCCUGUCACCAUCUGGCUGAUUGUUUUUGGGGUCGUGAUGGGAGUGGUAGUCAUCGGCAUCAUCGUGCUCAUCAUCACCGGAAUCAAGGAACGAAGGAAGAGAAAUCAAGCAAGCAGUGAAGAAAAUCCUUAUGCCUCCGUGGACUUGAAUAAUGGAGAAAAUAAUCCAGGAUUCCAAAAUAGCGAUGAUGUCCAGACUUCAUUCUAGAAAAAGCCGUUUGCAUUUCUCCUUGAGGUGAUUUGAUUAUCCAUAAAUAUUAAUUUCAGUAUAGGAAAUAGAAUAUUAUAACAAUUUUAUUAAGUAGCAAAAGUGACAACUCUGUUCAAGAGCAGUUGUCCAAAAGGAGACGUACCUGAGGAGAGGGCAUCUUCACUUGCAUGACUUUUCGUAUUUAUUUCUGCUUCACUAUAGACUUCCCUUUUAUGUUUACUGGAAGAGAUGCUCACAUUCAAGAAUAUUCCCCAAAAGUGUGUGUAUGGCCUCACAGUCUGUUCAGGGGUAAUAGAAAUGCCUGUUAUAUUGCUGGAGUGAGGGGAGGAGGAUUUAUGGUAGGAUCCAGUGUUGGGGCUUUGGGUCAGUGUUGGAAUCUUAUAUAGAAUUGGGCUGGAUGACUUUUAAAAUAGUGCCUGAGUACUGAUAGAGUUGCAGCGAUUCAAAAUGACUCUAAAGGAUUGUUCAAUCAGACAAUAAGAGGAUCAUGCACUAUAAUGUAAUUCAAAUGUAAAGGACGAUAUGCUUCUUUCACAUUAACCCAAGUACUGCAGUGAGUUGGCCACAAUGAUGAUUGGACUGAAACAUGCCUUCUUCAGGGGGACCGGUCUAAAGAAGAAAGUAGACUCUAGACAGCAGAGGACAUCCCUUUUUCUCUUCUCGUCUGCUCGAUCAGCAUCUCCCAGACUGUAAAAGUAACCCCAGGGACUUCCACGAGCUACAUGCCCUUCCUUAGUGGAUAGAAACUAGUUCCCACCGUUCUUCGGCUAUAAAGUGAAGAAAAAUCCCAAGCCAGUGUCAAUGCUGUCCUCUGAAGUGGACAUCCAAUGUCUUCUAUGUUUUGUAUUCCCCCAGAAUGUCUGAGUAGCACUGAAUAAAUAUUAGCUUUACAUA